CAACACACCAACUAGAGUCAGUCUGUGUGCGUGCGUUGAUGUACAUGGCGGCCUCACUGGGACUCGGCCACGGCCACGAGACAUACUCCUACCCGCCAGCCGGCUCCUCGUACUUCCAUCCCGGCCCAGUGGCGGAUAACGGUGCCGUGCUGAAUUUCCCGCCGCCGGCCGCCAUGGCUGACUACUUCCCGGAGCUCGGUCUUCGCCCUUCCGAUUACUAUUCCCCGCCGCCGGUGUUUGCUAACCGCGCCGCCGCAACAACCGAGGACGAGAUGAACAUGAGCUGCGGCGAUGUCCACGGGAGGAUGGUAAGCGGAUCAGCUGGGAACGGCGGCCGGCCGUCGUCACGGAUUGGGUUUCGGACGAGGUCAGAGGUGGACGUCUUGGACGACGGCUUCAAGUGGCGCAAGUACGGCAAGAAGGCGGUCAAGAGCAGCCCGAACCCGAGGAACUACUACCGGUGCUCGGUGGAGGGGUGCGGGGUGAAGAAGCGCGUGGAGAGGGACCGCGACGACCCGCGCUAUGUCGUCACCACCUACGACGGCGUCCACAACCACGACGCGCCCGGGUGCGGCCCCGGCGCCUACCCCACCCCGAGGAGCGGCGCGCCGCCGCCGACGGCAUACUCCGCGACUGAGCCGUCCGGCUUUGCCGCCCCUUCUGACGCGUGGGCGAUGCAGCUACAUGCGGCGGCGGCGGCUCACUCGUCGGAGUCCUCGUACUGAUCGAGUUACCCAUCGCUUGUUCUCUGGAGAUCGAGCUUGCUAGAGAUCGAUCGACGCCUGUUCUUUUUCAAGGUUUUGUACGAUGUACCGUUACCGAUACAUAUACACAUGACUGAAUUAAACUGCAUGCUUAUCUGAUUGGCUCGGUUGUCCCUGAA